CUUGAUGAGACGUUCUCCACGCUUUGCGCGCAGUCUAGUCUCAUGAUGGCUGUUUUAGUCUAUCGCGCGACUGAGCUUGCAGGCCACAUUACCCAGUUUGUGUCGGAGCUAGAUGCGACCACCCACGCCGGGCUAAUCAACGCGCUCACAGGUGCCUGUGAUGCCCUGACGCGUCUUGCAGCUACGACAAACGACGAAGUAGCUACGACAAACGACGAACGGCCGGCGCAAAACUCAGGCAGAAAGCGCAAAAGACUGAGCGACGCCAGCCAGUAUGUCACCCCAUACGUUACAGAAUGCCCCGAGGACGACAACCCACAGCCACUUCCGUCCAAGACAAUCCACGUUUCUGCCAGCUCCACUCAUGACCCUAGUCCUGAGGCUACCCGCCAAAAGCCACAACCGGAAGCAGGUUAUGAAGUCCACCGCUCGAGCCACAGCUUCACGAUUGAAAAGGAGGAGAUGGGCGAGAAUCUCGUCGCAAGCCUAGAGAAAGUGGCCCUUCAGCCUGGUUAUCACGGGUUGAGCCGAGUCGCUGACCUGCCGACCAUCAACUGGCCGGACCUUUUCGCCACGGUCGCCCAAGUCGAGCACGACCUUCUCUCCGUCCGCUUCGCAACACACAAGACCCCAGGACGAGUACAUCUGUACAGGGGCGAGUCGAAAGCCUUUGAGGCCCCAAACUUUGCCGACCGCGCUGUGCCUCCUUCAGACGACGAUGUUAGAGCCUACCUGGACGAGAUCUUCACCAGCAUUCCUGUAGAAGAGGUUCCUUACUAUGUCGGACCACUGUUGUUCGAUAGCCAUGUCGACGACAUGCUGUUCCCUGGUAGAGCGCUCUUGCCUCCUCACUUUCCGGACGUACCGGGCGUCAACAGCACCUACAUGCAUGCUGGAAACAGAAACUCUGGCACUGCGUUCCACUGCGAGGAUGGUACCAUGCGCUCAGUCAACUUGACCCUCCUUGGCUGGAAUAUCUGGAUACUGGUAGCGGUGCAUCACACAUCCAAACUCGAGUCAUUUCUUCUCGACAAGUCAAGACCUAGGACUAGCUGCGACCAAUCUAUUCGCCACGAGAAUAUCAUUCUCAGUCCGAAUGUGUUGCAGACAGCCGGGAUUGAUUUCGUCGUCCUACUUGCCGGUCCCAGCGAUCUCGUGGAAACUCAACCACGACAAUAUCAUUGGGUCAUCAACUAUAGCACUGUGGUCAAAAUGGCAAACAACUUUCUGCGUCCUGGGGAGCGCGCUCUACCCGACAGCAUUAGUCUUUGUGAUCAAUGUGGACUGGCUCCUGUGCAACCUCACUUUGAUCAGAUUACACUAGUACAAACCAAACGCAACAACACGCGACAGCGCACACAAGUUACGGAGACUAUGCCUCCAAGUAAGCCCACAACACGGACGUCAAGCGCAUCUCAGCACUCCAAAGAGCAUGCUCCGCUUUCCAAAGGGACGAAGCCCAAGCCACGUCCAAAGCCGAAGGAGGCUAAUUCAGCGGAACAGAAAAUACGCCCAGACGAAAGCGCCUCACAGGAAACAUGGGCUGCAUAUAUCAACGGAAAGGCGAUGCUCUACACACGGAUCGAACAUACCUUCGAGAAAGCUGAAGCCUUCCACCUCGUGCAAGCAUUAAACAGCGACCUUGCCGUUCACAGCCUGACAGCUGUAGUGCGUGGCUGGAGGGCCCGUUCAUCAGCAAUCAUCAGUCACCAUGCAACCCUUUCCCAGACGAUCCAAGCGAUUGUCAACUUCGAAUCGAAGGCAAUCUACAGUGAAGUCAUACGCGGACUCCUGCUUGUUGACUUCAGUAUCAAGGUCAACGAACUUGCCCAUGGUCGAACAAGACUUCAAGACGUGGACUGGAAGAGGGUGCAAGAUUCGUGCCCUGUUGCCUCAGGAAUGCCUAUCCGGAAGCUACGGCAAUGGCGCGAGUUGGGCCAAAAGUUGGAUCGCUACCCUGCUGGCAUUCUUUGUGCUAUCACUGGUCUCAGCGCAGCACCCUUUCACCUGUCACUUCAAAGCCUGGCUGGUCUUACGGAAGUCAAGUUACUUACCAGCAUCCUUGCGUCAGGGGAGGGGAUCCCUUCAAGGAUUCUUGAGCUCGGAGAUUACGUCGUCGAAUCAUUUCGCCAAGGUCGAGACCUUGAUGAGUUCGGAUGGGAGUCUCCUGAUGCUCCAGGUCUCGACCAACUCUCAGAGGCAGAAGUAUUGAAGUGGCUCCAUCGAUUCCCGAUCGUUCAAGAAUGUUAUUACGAACCCGGGCGCUUUGACAAACAAGAGAAGCCGGAAAAUUGGCCAGGGAAAUGGCCAGCAGAUCCAAUGACUGGGGAAGCCUUCGAACAGCAGUGUUGCUACUGUUCGAGCGCAAGCUGCACUUGCAUCGAGCUGGUACGCCCGUCCCAUACGGCUCACGACCGACCCUGCUCGUCUUGCUUGCCAGAGACUUGUGGGUGUGAUCAUCAGCACCUCCGUGGUGGCCACUACCUUCUCCGCUCCCUUACAGUUCGCGAUUGCGAGCGGAAAGGCCAGGGGCUCUUUGUGGUGGGACAGCCUGGCCAUACUAUCUUCCACAAAGAUGAUGUUCUGGGGGAAUUGACAGGCGAGCUGGUCCCGCCGGGCACGUUCUCUACAAACUGGGGCGCUGAGAUGGCUACGGAUAUUGUUAAACACGAUAUCAAGCCGGCGGUUUGUGUGGCCCAGCUACGGUAUGCUGAGGCUGGGAAUCGUCUGCGCAAGGUCAACCAUUGCUGCCACCUGCCUCCAGCCCGCUUCAGUGGUGCGAUGGUGUCUGAGCGGUUUCGCAUACUUUUGCUCGCGAAUAAAGACCUAUAUGAGGGUGAGGAAGUCACGGUAACUUACCAGGAGGGUAAGCCGUCCUUCGACUGUUUCUGUGCGCAAUGCCAGCCUAACAGAUGAGUGCUUCCUUCCUCGUCGUGCUAGGAUUUCUCAUCUAGUCUGUGCCAUCUUCGUCCACAAGUAAAGGGAUUGUCUGCUCGUUGCGCUGCUUGCGCACUCUUGUAUCCAACUUUAGCUUGUUCCGAGUCGACAGAGAUGGGUGGGCCCAACUGCAAACAACGAAACAAGAGUUGUUGGAAGUACAUAGCAAGCGCGUAUGCUUCAUUGGUAACUUUGAUGGAAGUCGUGACCAGUACCGUGUGAUAGACAAACACUCUCACAACGUGAGCUUCACAUUGUCGGGACUGAGAAACUCUUUUAUCCGACUACGGAGUAGACCAGGAUAAUCUCAGACAAUUGGUUCGUCUCAGAACUGAUAAUUACAAGCC